AUGAAUGCAGAGGGGCUUCUUGUCUCGGCUGCCAUAAAUAUAGGUUUAGCUUUGCUGAUUCUUACAGUGUUCUCAAUACUGAGAAAACAGCCUUCAAAUUCCACCAUAUAUUAUCCCCGCCGCCUGUCGCAGCACCACCGCCUGUCCUUCGACCGCCACCUCACUCUUCGACGAUUGCUUCCGUCGGUGGAGUGGAUUCGCCGUGCCUACAGUGUUUCUGAGGAGGAGAUUCUUGAAACCUGCGGUCUAGAUGUCUUAGUCUUAAUAAGACUUUUUAAAUUUGGGAUCAACUUCUUUGUGGUCUGCUCCCUGGUGGGAUUGUUGGUACUGCUUCCUGUAAACUAUAAUGCUGGCGGUGGAGGGCCAUCCAGGCUUCCUCAUUCCAUGGAUUAUUUUACAAUGUCAAAUAUUAGUAAAGGCUCUAACUGGCUUUGGGUACACUUGUUAUGCUUAUACUUCGUAUCUUGUUACGGAUCAUACCUACUAUACAAGGAAUAUGAUGAUAUUUCCCUGAAACGACUUCAGCAGCUUCGUGAUUUGAGGCAUCAGCCUAAUCAGUUCACUGUGUUAGUUCGAGAAAUCCCACCUUGUGAUGAGCACAAGGCUUGUGGAUGCUGUGUAGAUCAUUUUUUUUCCAAGUAUCAUCCACGUUCAUAUCGAUCAUAUCAAAUCCUAUAUGAUGGAAAGGAUCUUAAGAAUUUACUUAGCCAGGCAAGAUCUAUUAUGAGAAAGAUUGAGGAUUUGAAGCAUCGUUCCUCAAUUAAGAACUAUAAUGAAGGAUCAGAUCCAUCUGAUGUACUAAUGCUGGAUGCAAAAUUAGAGCAACUCAGGGAAAUGCUUCAAGAAGUUCAUCAUAAAAUACAACUUACACAGAGAAGAAUGUUGCAGCAGGGGAAGGAGUUACCUGUUGCUUUUGUUACAUUCAAUUCACGUUGGGGUGCUGCUUUAGCUGCCCAAUCUCAGCAGCACUCGAAUCCACUUCUAUGGACAACUGAAAUGGCUCCAGAACCAAGGGAUGUACUAUGGAAAAAUUUGGCAAUUCCGUAUAGGCACUUGCCUCUUUAUAAAGUUGUAGUCUAUGUUGCUGCAUCACUUCUUACAAUCUUCUUCAUGAUCCCAGUCACCGCUGUCCAAGGAAUUGCAAAAUUUGAACUACUGAAGAAAUGGUUUCCUCCUGCCAUGGCUGUCCAGUUGAUACCAGGAUUAAGGUCUAUUGUGACAGGAUAUCUUCCAAGUGUGAUCCUCAAUAGUUUUGUAUACAUUGUCCCUUUUGCCAUGAUAGAAAUGGCAAAAAUAGCAGGGUACGUCUCAAGGAGUAGAAAAGAUAUGAAAGCUUGCAAUUUGGUCUUCUAUUUCCUUGUUGGAAAUGUUUUCUUCUUGAGUCUGUUAUCAGGAUCCUUACUUGACCAAAUUGGGCAAUCAUUCUUUCAUCCCAAGGAUUUUCCUAGUCGUCUUGCCACUGCUGUUUCUGCUCAAGCAGACUUUUUUAUGACAUAUAUCUUGACAAAUGGGCUGUCUGGAUUUUCUCUGGAGCUUCUUCAACCUGGGCUCCUUAUAUUGGAUAUGAUGAAGUCACACACAUGGGAUCGUGGAAAGAAGAAAAUGCCUUACCUUUAUAACUUACCUUAUUACAGAACAAUUCCUUUCGUUUCUCUUUGUAUUUUGAUUGGCAUGGUAUAUGCGGUCGUCUCGCCAUUGCUUCUUCCAUUUCUAGUAGGCUACUUCUUUCUAGGCUACAUUGUGUUCAUCAAUCAGAUUCAGGAUGUGUAUAUAACUUCGUAUGAAACCAGUGGCCAAUACUGGCCAUAUAUUCAUAACUACAUUGUCAUUGCAAUGAUCAUCACGCAAAUCUCGACGAUUGGUCUUUUUGGAUUGAAGUCAAAGCCCGCUGCUUCUUUUUCCACUAUACCACUCCUAGUUUUAACAAUACUCUUCAAUGAAUAUUGCAAGAUCCGUUUUCUUCCUACAUUUUAUCAGUGCUCAGUGAAGGAUGCCAUGGACAGGGAUGAACUUGACAAAAAGUCUGGUUUGAUGGAAGGUGACUUGCAGAAUGCUGUCGAUGCAUAUUCUCCUCCAUGUUUACACCUUCUUAAUUAUGAAGAGAUAGACUCGAACUCAAUACUACCAUUAGUGUCUUCGAUAUAA